AUGGUCACGCUCAUUCGCCAAAUCAUGGAGUAUGGAUCGUCCGCUUGGUUUCCGUAUACGAAGAGCAAAAUGACCGAUAUCGAAUAUGUUCAAGGACUGGGGUCAAGAAUGGUGCCCGAAGUGAGAAAACUGACAUAUCCGGAGCGCCGUAAAGCACUGGAAAUGUUCACCCUCGAAUUUCGACGCUCCAGAGGCGACCAAAUCAUGAUGUACAAAGUGAUUGUCUGCGGUGACAUACCGGAGGUCGCAGAGUACUUCAAACUAGCCGUUGAAAUGCCUACGCACGGACACUGCUUCAAACUCGUGGUGCAACGGACAGAUGGUCUCCCGCAUGUCUACCGACUCUCAAGACACGUUGUGAAUGCAUGGAACAAUCUCCCCCCGACGUUGUUGCUGCCGACACAUUUGCCGCAUUCAAGAAGAAAUACGACGCCCUAUUUGAAACAUGAUCUAUACCGUUCAUGGGAGUGCCCUUAA